AUGAGUAGUGGAAACAACGUUUUGGAUACUAUAAACGCAGCUGCUACUGCUAUUGUUUCUUCCGAUGAUCAUCGUCUUCAUCAAUCUUCUCCGAUUCGGAAGAAGCGAAAAUGGUGGAAUCGAUGGAGUUUAUUGAUAUGUUUCAGACCUACAAGACAAAGAAAACGAAUAGGAAAAGCUUCUCUAGCUCCAGAACCGGUACAACAAAUGUCUAGUACCGAUUCAACAUCAAAUUCCGGUUAUCGGAUAACCGCGCUUCCGUUUAUAGCUCCACCUUCAUCUCCAGCUUCAUUUUUCCAAUCAGAACCACCUUCUGCAACUCAAUCACCUGUAGGAAUCCUCUCUUUUAGUCCAUUACCUAGUAAUAACCGUCCUUCGAUAUUCGCCAUUGGACCUUACGCUUACGAAACUCAUCAAUUGGUUUCGCCUCCGGUUUUCUCUACUUACACUACUGAACCAUCUUCAGCUCCGAUUACACCUCCGCCUGAUGAAUCCAUCUACUUAACCACCACAACACCUUCUUCCCCUGAAGUUCCUUUCGCUCGGCUCUUUAACUCGAAUCUCCAGAACGAUAACUAUGGUGGUCAUAGGUUUACAAUGUCUAACUAUGAGUUUCAGUUUUAUCAACUUCCUCCUGGUAGUCCACUUGGUCAGCUUAUUUCACCGAGCUCGGUUGUAUCCGGUUCUGGUCCAACUUCUCCUUUUCCCGAUGGAGAAACCGCGCUGUUCCCUCAUUUUCAAGUCUCUGAUCCUCCUCCAAAGCUAUUGAGCCCUUGUCCUAAGACUGUUACAACUCCUUCUAAAGAGCACAAGAUUGCGCAUAAACCGGUUUCAUUUGAUCUUGAUGCGGAUCAUGUCAUUAGAUGUGUUGAUCAGAAGCUAAGAACGACGUUCCCUGAAGCAUCAUCGCCAUCAUCAAAUCCAGAAGCGAUGGAUCCUUCAUCUCUUGGAUCGAAUAAGGAAUUCGAUUUCGGGACAGAUGAGAAACAUCUGACCAUGGAGGAACAUAGAGCUUCGACUAAGAAUAACAACGGUUGGUCCUUCUUCCCUGUGAUGCAAUCAGGUACACUUGGCUAA